UCCCCAGCGCCACGCGGCCCGGGGGGGGGGGGGGGGGGGUACGGGCCGUACCACCCAGCGGGAGCGCUGAAGAGAAGGGAGUGGGGAACCGGAGAGUAUUAUUUCAGGCAAGGGCCGCCACCGGGAUGGUCCCUCGUUCUGCUUUCCCUCCCGGUAUCUCACUGGCGAAACCAGCGGGCUCGGCGAGGGCAGAGCUGAUGAGGAACACCCACUCCCCCCUCCCGCCCCAGCGUGACUCCAUUUCCUCGAAAAAUGCUGUGGAAUUGCCUCCCUGCACCAACCUCCCAGGCUUUUCUGGCAGCAGUUUUUGGUGGUUAUUUCUCCAUUUACAUCAGCCAACUGAAGAGAUAGAAGAACAGCUGUUUCACCGCAUUGCAAAGAAUUUCAUCCUGCUUGACUAUCACAGAUUCCACCACCAGGAGGCCCUCAUUAAAGUGCUUAUAGCUAAGGCAAAGAAAACACAAGAACAGUGAAAUGAGAUGGAGAAAUCCAUCCUCACAGGGUUUCCCAAGAUCACGUUUUGGUACUGAUGAGUGCAAGACACAGCUUUGUGAUGCAAUUUCAGAAUGGAUGAUAGAUUGCGUCAAGAUGACAAGCAGUCUAGAGAAGACUGGAACUGAGACAUGGACAAGCUUCUAGCAAGUACCAGCCUCGUCAAACAAGUAAAGUCUUCCAAGUCCAAACAGGGGAAAAAAACCCAAACAAUUGCUGAUAGAGGAGGAAGAGCUGAAGAAUAUGAAGAAAUUGCUGCAACUUUGCCCAGCAUUCUGCAGUUUUGGGAAGAUUUCAGUAGCAAUCAAUACUUUAUUGCCUGCUUUUUCAUGAUGAAGGCCAUGGAGGAUCAAGUAGUCCAAGAAGAACCAGGAUACCAGGAUGAUGAGGAAUCAUUUUUUCAGGAUAUUGACCUGCUACAGAAGCAUGGAAUUAACGUAGCAGAUAUUAAAAAACUGAAGUCAGUUGGGAUCUGCACGAUCAAAGGAAUACAGAUGACCACAAGACGGGCACUGUGCAAUGUAAAAGGGCUUUCAGAGGCCAAAGUGGACAAGAUCAAAGAAGCUGCAAACAAGCUUAUUGAACCAGGCUUCCUGACCGCCUUUGAGUACAGUGAAAAACGGAAGAUGGUAUUUCAUAUUACUACUGGCAGCCAGGAAUUUGAUAAACUUCUGGGUGGUGGGAUUGAAAGCAUGGCAAUCACCGAGGCCUUUGGAGAGUUUCGGACAGGCAAAACCCAGCUAUCUCACACCCUUUGUGUGACAGCUCAGCUGCCAGGACCAAAUGGCUACACAGGUGGAAAGAUUAUCUUCAUCGAUACUGAAAACACUUUCCGACCAGACCGUCUUCGUGACAUUGCUGAUCGCUUCAAUGUUGACCAUGAUGCAGUACUUGACAACGUGCUGUACGCACGUGCAUAUACUAGUGAACAUCAGAUGGAAUUGCUUGACUACGUAGCAGCCAAGUUCCAUGAGGAAGCUGGCAUUUUCAAGCUACUGAUCAUUGACUCCAUAAUGGCACUUUUCCGUGUGGAUUUCAGUGGUCGUGGAGAGUUGGCUGAACGACAACAGAAACUGGCUCAGAUGCUGUCAAGGCUCCAAAAAAUAUCAGAAGAAUAUAAUGUGGCUGUGUUUGUGACCAACCAGAUGACUGCUGAUCCAGGAGCAACUAUGACCUUUCAGGCAGACCCAAAAAAGCCCAUUGGGGGCCACAUCCUUGCUCAUGCUUCGACUACCAGGAUUAGUUUGAGGAAAGGGAGAGGGGAGCUGCGUAUUGCAAAGAUAUACGACAGCCCCGAGAUGCCUGAAAAUGAAGCCACAUUUGCAAUAACUUCUGGAGGGAUUGGGGAUGCCAAAGAAUAGGCAGAAAAGCAAUGUAAAUAUACAGCUGAAAACCACCUGGGCAGUUGGGGUGAAGAUUUUUGCAAGGUCACCGACUGCCUGGCUGAAUUUUUAUCUUUUGGGAACCAUUUGGGAUAUUUUGGGAGAACAUUGGGAUGAACUCUGUACAAUUCAGUUUUAUUGAUCUUAAUAGAAUUUGGUUCAUUUAGGGUCUUAAUUUUUCGAUUGAACUUUCCACAAAGAUUUAAGAAAAAAGCUUGUGAAUUGUUCAAAGAAUCCUUUUCCUAUAUUUUGUGAAAAUCAAAGCUGUCCUUUCACAUGAGAUUAAUAUACUCUUUUUUAGUUUUUUUUCAAAGAGGGUGUCUAUGUGGUAGAAUUCAAUAGUGUGAAAUGGAACGGAAUUGGAAUAAACUCAUUUAUAAAUUUGACAUAAAUGGAUAGAAAAGGCAGUGGCAGGAGGAACAGCCUAAGAACUUGAUGGACUCUCAUGUACCAUAGAGGAGUAAGUUGCUUUGAA